CAACAACUGCAGUUUUACGUUCAACUUGAGCUUCAAAUUUUGUCGACAACGUCUGCUUCUGUUUACGAUUUUUAUAUUGCCAUUAAUUGUUGAUGCAAAAAAAAAAUCUAAAAGCCUACAUGAUAUUUUAUGUACAUAGAUACUUAGAAGAUCUUAGUGCUGCAAGCAGUCAAAUUAUUCUGUUAUCAUUGCAUUUUAAGAUCACAAGAUUCUGUAGCUAACUUGCCACUUCAACUAUACAAGGAAUUAUUCAAACACUGAUGUUAGGAUGUGAGGGACUAUGCCAUCCAAGAAGCAUGCAACACUGCUACAUCAUGGAGUGGGCUCACCAAUUUUUACAGGCGUCAUGGCUCUUGUGAUGGGCGUGUUCACCAUGAUCAGAGUGACAAAAAACGUCCCAAGGAAACUAACCGAGUCAACCUUAUACUCGAGCCCCAUGUACUGUGACGAUGCGUCAAUGAACAAGAGUGCGAUGCAGUCAGAGAAAAUGAUGGUGCCUGCAAUCUCAAGGGAAUACUUCAUGGCCAUCAUGAAAAGAAUGGCUGAGCUGGAGCAGGAAGUGAAAGCUUUCUUUGGUAUUUUAAAUGAAAGCUAUAAAAUGGAAGAUAGGAUUCUAUCUUACUGGAUUUCAUAAGUUUCACAUAGACCAGAGUGUAGCUUCUUUCUUUUGUCAAAC